CAGAGAGAGGAUUACGUCACUAGCUCCACAUUCAUUUCGGGGGUUAAAAAAACCGUACCGUUGCCGAUGAACGUUAGUGAAAUCCGGACACAUCUUACUACUACUCAGUCAGCGACGUUAAUUAAUAACAGUGUCCCACAGCGGGGAAAAAGGACAAUCUAUAUGGAAAAAAGUAGCCCAUAUUGGUUAGAGAGACAGGAUCCAGGCCAACAUACCUCGUAAGCAAAUCAAUAACACUCGAUGUUAUGUAGAUGUGGCGUCGACGAGUUGUCGGCUGUGAGUUUAUCCGGCUUUGAAAAGCGUCUAACUAACACACACAGCCAAAGCGAAUGCCACACGUAGUACUCGAAACUUGACAAUGAACAGCAACCGGGAACGGUGUGGUAACUAUAGGUGACUCGGUGGUCACUUUGGCACUGGUUCAAGUAAAAAAUACAAAAGUUUGGCACGGACGUUCAGCAAAAGUGAUAAAGUGAUUCGCUUCUCUACAAAAUAAGGCUCUAACGAGGUGGUUUUCAUUCACCGACACGUAGACUACGAACGAAUGUCAGGAACACAGCGGUUUAAAAAACACUCACACACGCACACGGUCGGGAUUGUGCCUUUCGUCUCUCUUUGUCGUCUGCUCUCUCUCUCUCACCGCACUGCGCAAAGACGGGACUGCAGGCAGCUCGGCCCGAUAUAUUCUACGGAUUUCAAUUCAAAACUUUAGGAUCCUGUGUGUCUCCCAAGAAUUGCAGUUUGAAAUAUAUCUGGAUGUUAGAUGUUCAGUUGUGUGUUUGACAAAUCAGAAAAGAUAUGCUUUUCAAGAGUCGGUAUAUGAAUUGUAGAAUUGAUUGCAGUGCAGCACAACAAGAUUUAAAAUGAAUGUUUCAAGAAUUCAGCUAAUCAUUUACAUCCUCGGAUUCUUGGAUCUCCUAGGAGUGAGCCUCAUUUUGCCUUUAAUUCUGCCCAUGGUUAAAAAUUUAGGCACAUCGCAUGUUGCUGCUGGUGCCAUCACUUCUCUGUAUGGUGCUAUACAGCUAUUUUCCAGUCCUGCUGUGGACUUGGUUGGUGCAAGCCUAAUCAUCCCUCUGAUCAUCAUUCAAGUACGUGAUCUUGGCACCUCUCAUGUUGUAGCAGGAGCUAUUAGUUCCAUCUAUGGCAUACUGCAGCUUGUCACCUGUCCUGUUAUGGGUCAUUGGAGUGACAUAUCAGGAAGAAGGCCGGUAAUAUUGUUAUGCAUGUUAGCAACAGCUGUCAGCUAUGUUGUCCUAGGUUCUUCCCAGUCUCUAGUUAUCAUAAUUUUGGGGAGGAUAAUUGCAGGAGUAUUUAAACACAGCCAGACAUUGUGUAGAGCAGUUUUAGCAGAUGUCACCCCACCUGAAGACAGAUCCCGUGUGUUUGGGAUCUUUAACGCUACUUCUAGUAUGGGGUUUAUUGUUGGGCCCAUGUUAGGAGGACACUUGUCAGAACUAAAGGAUGGUUUCUCCAUCGUCUGUAACCUUGGUGCAGUAUUUUUCCUAGUAGACUUUGUGAUCUACUGGAUAUUCAUCCCUGAUAUAUCUCCUAAACCAAUAACGUCUUCAAAGGAAACAUCAGAAGGGGAGAACCUGAAACAGAUGUUUGCUUUUAUGAAAGACAUCGAGUGGAAAAUCUUUGGUGAUAUUUUCCUUAUUAGGUUCUUCUUGAGUUUUUCAUCCUUGGUGUACAGAUCAAAUUUUUCUCUCCUAAUUGAUCAAAAUUUUGGUGUCAGCCCGAAGGUUAUUGGAUAUUUAAUAUCUUUUCAGGGGAUUAUCAGCGCAGUUGCUGGAUUCUUUACGGGUAGAGUGUCCAAGUUCUAUAAAGAUUCCCAGAAAGAACUUUAUCAUAGUUCUAUUUUACUGACUGUGGCUCUAAUUGGUCUUACCAUAGCACCAUCUCUCACUGUCCUGCUUGCAUGCUUGAUCCCCUUGUGCAUAAGCACUGCAGUCAUAAGAGUCAGCAGUUCAGCAAUCACUAUAGGUCGUUGUGAUCCAUCAAAAGUUGGUUCUGUGACUGGGUUUGGCCAGAGCAUAGCUUCUAUAGCUCGAAUGGUAACACCACUUAUUGCUGGAGUAACCCAAGAGAUUAGUGUCUAUGGGCCUGGAGUCAUGGGAACUCUCUCUGCAGGAGUUGGUGCACUUUUAGCAGGUUACAUGGUUCAUAAAACAAAGCUUAAAGAGGAGUAGAGUCCAUUCAUUUUUUGUCCUUGGUGCUUCAAGAUGUACAAUGAAUAUUUGCAUUAAUGUUUAUUUUUCUAUGUUCUAUAGAGCAAAAUGUCAUUGCAGUUUUGACAGUAUCAGCCUUAAUAUAUUUUUUAGUUACUGAAGGCACUAUUUGCUGAAUGUAAAGUUAGUUUACUGCCAAAUUAUAGCAGGUAAACUGUGAACCAUAGUUGAUGGUUACUAUUUUGGUCUGUGAUGUUAGAAUAUUUUGAGUAUUCCUCUAGCAAGUAUGUAUGUUAAUUAGGUUUGUGACAAUAGUGAUUUUUUGUUUUAGGUCUGUUUAGGAAGUGUUUAACAUUGUUAAAAAAAAAAAACAAGGUUGAACUAUCCCCAAGACCAAGUUACACAUUCUUUCACUGUGACACUGCAGAUGAGUUUUUUGUUCAGCAGACAUCCUGUUGGCUCAUUGUUAUUCCUUGCUAUCAUGUAUUAUUUUGAAACUCAUUUUGGAAAGGGAUAAUUAAUUAUUCUGAAAAUAUAAACUCGCCUUUAUAAAGGUGCGUCCACAUUGUCGAACAAUGUAUGACAGACAACCAUUGUUACCAAUUAACAAUGUACCGGGCACUACCCAUGUUCAUAGUGUUGGAACUUCAGGCAUUAAACAAGAACUAUAAUGUAUAUUAUUAAGCUCAUGUCUAUCUGCUCAAUAGUAGGCCUGAUCUUCACAUUAUGCAUGUAUUUUUUACAACUGUUUAACUUAUCACAAAUAAGCAUUGCUUACCUUUAAGUAGGGAUCCUUAAGCACAUCAUAGAUGGGUCGGCACAUAACAGGAAUGAUUGCAGACAAACUGUGUGCGCUUCGAGUGAAAUGCUCUCUCUCAUACAGGUGCCCAGCUUCGUUAUAAAACGUUUUACCUUCUCCAAUAAGUCGUAGAAGGUAUUUGGGUCUAUCCGCAUGUAGUUUGUGAAUUUGAUUCGUAACCAAUUUGCAAUUCAUAUAAAAUUGUUGCAUGGCUUCCCCUUACACCUAGUUUUUGCAAUUAGUCCUUGCACCAUUCCUUUCUUGUCACCCCCUUGUUCUCACAUAAUACAGCAAUUACCAUGCUGCAUAGUGCAAUUUUUUUUUCUCUUCGUAUGGUGUUUUUACGUUGCAUGGAACCAGUGGUCAUUCAGCAACGGGACCAACGGCUUUAUGUGACUUCCGAAACAUGUCGAGAGUGAACUUCUAUCACCAGAAAUACACAUCUCUCACACCUCAAUGGAAUGCCCAAGAAUCGAACUCGUUGGCAGGCCAAGACUUAUUUCUCUCUCUCUCUCACCUGAUGCGAGUCCACACAGUCAAUGUCCGACGGACAAACAUGACCAUCAUGUGAAGCAG